AGUCGAGCCAGAGAGGGGGAGAGAGGGAGGCAGGCUACGGUUAUUUCUCUCAGGCUCCGGCCGAGCCUGUGUGGUCUCUCUACACUGUUGCUAAGGAAAUGGAUGUGUUGAAUGGAUCCGCGGUCCGGGCUCAGUCGUCCUCCUCGCCCCCUCAGCAGCCUGCCGUCUCUCACCGUGUGAUUGUGUGUGUUUACAGGAAUCACUGCGAACAACGUCAGCGGCAGCUCUGCACCAGCCGGGUCCAGUGGCGCCGCGGCUGAGGAGCUGAGGAACUGGGGGUUUGACUGGCAGCUGGUACGACACCGAGGGAGGGGAGAGAGGCGGCUGGGCAGCGGGGUCGACGAGCGUGGCUGGCGCUGGGUGAAUGCUGCCUGGAGAGGACAACGGCUGAGGCGGCAGCAGCAGCAUCGACUUGAGAAGGAGCAUGGCAUCCACGGGCAUGCAGAUAUUUGGAUUUGUGCUGGCACUAUUGGGCAUCAUGGGUGCCAUGGUGGCCACUCUGCUGCCCAACUGGAAGGUCAGUGCAGAUGUGGGCUCCAACAUCAUCACAGCAAUCUCCCAGAUGCAGGGAUUGUGGAUGGACUGCACAUGGUACAGCACAGGCAUGUUCAGCUGCACACUGAAGUAUUCAGUGCUUUCAUUACCCGCGUACUUGCAGACUGCUCGCACCACCAUGGUGCUGUGCUGCGUACUGGCUGCCAUGGGCCUCUGUCUUGCAUCCCUGGGACUAAAGUGCACACGCUGGGGAGGUGGACGGCGCUCUAAGCGGCAUGCUGCGAUUGCUAGUGGUGGCUGCUUUGUCGCUGCAGGCUUUCUGUGUCUGGUGCCUGCUUCUUGGUUUACCAACGAGGUCAUCACCAACUUCCUGGACUCCAGCGUGCCCGAGAGCAAUAAGUUCGAGCCUGGGGGUGCAGUGUACGUGGCCUUUGUUUCAGCAGGUUUCCUCUUUGUAGGAGGGUCCAUCUUCUGUAUGUCCUGCUCGGGGAAGAGGCAUGGCCCCCAGGACCUGGUCCUGCUCCCUCCCCCAGACAAAUUGCUGCUCCAGCAGCAGCAGCAACAGCUGCUUCAGCAGCAGCAGGAGCUCCAGCACCAGUACUGCUCUCUCUCCCCAUUAGACAAUAAGACUGGCUAUAGCCUGCAGGACUAUGUGUAAUAAAACAGCUCUGUGUACGCUACGGCUAAAGGAAGACGAGCCUGAGGGGAAACCAUCACAGCUUAUCCUACACACUAGGCUCUACUCCAGAUGGAGGUGGAGGAAAAAAUGAGAGAGGAGGGCAACAACUUUGAAUCCAUUUUCCCUUUUCCUCUAUCUUGCUCUUCUCCCUUUUUUUCUGUUUUGCAAGCACAAGCAGUGGAGGUAUUCCCUGAGCAGCGCCUUGGAACAAACAAGGUGAAUGUGUAAGGAGAGCCAGGAUAAGGUGCUGCAGAAUCGAAGGAAGCCGCUAACCAAAUGCAGACAUCCUUCAUCAGUAAAUCACAGAAAGAGUUCCCCGGGGAGUGGAUUAAGCAAAUAAGGAAGCCUACCGUGUAGAUUUUUUUUCCUCACCAAAGGUUUGAAUUGAAAGAGAAAAGCAAUCAUUUAGCUGCUAUUUACAAUCGUUCGGUACACUCCCAUUUGACAAAAUAGGCAAUAUAAUGCCCGAGAGCAGUAGGUUAAAACGUUUUCAUAGCAAGCCACUGUAGUUUUUCGUAUACUUAUCCACUAGAAUGCUAUGUGGAAUUGAUUGAAAUAAAUGGUCAUAUUUUUGUUAGCUACUAGAAUGAUGUUGAUAUUUUGCCUCUAAAGCAUGCUGUGUGGAGCCUGUCUGUGUAUUAAUACAGCGGAAUGCCUGGUAGAAGACUGAGACAUAGCCACACAAUGCCUGUGCCUGAAAAGCUGUAGAAACAUUACCCUGCUGUAACUGUUCAAAGAGGACUGUCAGGAGGAGGAGAUGUGGGCUGCUGGGCUGGAUUUAAGAAAGAAAAUGCAGACAAACAGAUGCCUACGUCUCUCUCAGCAGGCGGAAAUAUGAGAGAGAUGGAGAGAAAUUGUCAGGAAGAGACUGGACUAUAUGGUACGCUGUUCUCAUGUUUCCAUCCAAACAAACACACACACAAAAAAAACACCUUCCAGUAAGUAGCUGCUACUCAUCCCAAUCCAUUCCAAACACGCACACCCACCCACCCACUUACACAUGCUGUUGUGUGUCUCCAUGUACACAGUAAACACUCAGACACGCCGGCUUUUUGCAUGUGCUUUUCUCCCGUCAUCCGCCUCCACACUGCCAUGGAAACGGAAUUCAGCAUUCAGAUGUCUUUAUUGUCUCGUGGUAUGUGCAUGUCAGUCAGCGAAGUUGUUUGAGGGGAGGGGGCAUCUUUUUCUCUCACACUACUUUCACUAAUCCCCUUUAUUAGCCCAUGACACGAAGCAGCACGCCUGGUCUGAGGUUUUGGAGAAUGCUCUUCUCUGUUUAUGCCAUGCAAGCAGACUCAUAGGGAUGAAUAGAUGUUUAACGGUGCAGUGGCGGGGAGGUAAAAACAGUGGAAAAGGAGAAUCUUCUUGAGUCAUGGUUGACUGGAUAGCUGUGUGGCAGGCAGCUAAAAAAGGUUUGACUCAUUCUCCAUAUGUGACUUGUUUUCCAAGUGCGUCAGCAGUGCGCAUAUGCUACCAGUCCGCACCUGCAGAAGGUCUCAGUGUCUUAAAUUGCAUCCACUUGACUGUGUCACCAUUCCUUUUUUUACCUACCCGUCACUCUCUUCUUUUUUUACUUAAUCUCCCCUGUCCUGUUUGUGUCACAUGUCACAUGGAUGUGGUUCCUGAUCGGAGAACGCUGAUGCAUGUUGAAAGCAUGUCCUGCCAACACACGCCAGGUGCACAUUAACAAAACUCCCUCCUACUCAUGUAUCAGGAGCGCAGCUAUGCUUUCACGGCUGUUUUGCAGAGUGUAUUGCCUCUUCUUUUCUGCGUUAAGGAUAUGGGAGGAGUAUUGUUUUUGUGCUUGAGACAGGCCUUGGCAGUGAUCUAUAGAACCGCACAUUCUCUCCUUCUCUCUCAUAAACAUGCAGCUUCCUGGGGGAGAGCAGAUGGCUAAGCCCAGCUCGCCACCUGCAGGCUGCUGCCGGCACACCACGGGCAUCUCUGUGGGCGCCGCUGCCGGCCCUGGCAGCCCUGCAGGGCCAUGUUUCCACCCCACCCAGACUGAGCCAUCUUGCCCAGCUCAGAUUUUAGCCGACAGCACUGGCCUCCUGACAAAAACUCACUGCCCAGGCACCAUAACCAAUGCAAUAAACAAAGUAAAGAAUGUGCCAUGUCAUCUACUAAUACUGACACGUUAUGUGUUUUGAGAAUGUGCCAAAUCGUCUCACGAUGACAGGUUUUAAUAAUAUCUGGAGUUCUUUGUGUUUAUUUUUUUAUUGCGUUGUUUGUACAUGAAUUAUACAUUAGCAAAUGUUUUAUGGAUUUGUGUUUUGUUCUGCCAGACUAAGUCUCAAGUCAGCUAGAUACUUGUGUACAGUCCAGUGCAGCUUUCGAGGGUUAUUUUAAAUCCUCUUUAUUCCUCAUUUCCCAAAGCACAGCAAGACUUCACUGUGUAUGAGAGUUUCAUAAGGAAGACAUGAGUGUGGUAUUUUGUAAAUGAAAAAUGUCUUUGUUUUUGGAAUUAUGGUCUAUUGUAAGUCUGUGACAACUGUACACAAGUGUCUAGGCUUUUAGGGGUUUGUUUUUACUGAGGUAUCAGGAUUCCUUCAGAUUGUUUCAAUAUAGGAUACAAUACCAUGGUCAUACCAUAUCUUCUUUAUAAGAAGACUACUCAGUGCACCUUUACUCGUGUUACUUUAUUUGACAGCAGGUUGGUUCAAAUGGCUGAGCAUUCCAAGCUCUCUAGACCAGUACAAAUACAUACUACAACUGUCACUCUGGAGAAAAAGGGAACGAUUUCUGUCUGAGGAUUCAGCAGGGAAUUAGGAGCUAGUGAUUUCUCUUUUUUGUGGCUGUGCAGCUUGAUCAUCAGCACGCGAUUUCAUUAGCUUAUAAAUGGCCAGAGUGCAAAGUGACUAGGUCUUAAAAGUCUAAAGAGUAACUACUCUUCUGCAUAUUACUGUACCAAGACAUUGAUUUAUCAUUUUGAUAACUGCAGCUUAUUUUUGUGGAUGCUUUAGCACUUCUUACUUUGCCAGAGCAUAUUUGUGAUGAACAGUUCACAAGUUCUGAUACAGUUGUCUCAAUGUGCUUGUGCAAGUAGUUCUAUUUUUUACCAAUAAAACUAUUUUGUGAAAGCAG